GCCCGCCGGGCCUUCCGCCCACGCCGGGCGGGAUGCGGGCCGCUCGCAGGCGGCUCUGCUCCGCCCUGAUCGUCGCGUACGGCCUCUUCUCCCUCUACGCGGCCUACACCGUGUUCUUGCGGCCGCGCCGCCCGGCCGCCCCUCGCCCGCACCGGGACCGCCGUGGCCCUCGAGGUUUCACAGAUCAUGUUGCCUUGGGAAAUGAAGAGUGGAAUCCAUGGGAUGCGGAUGAGAAAAACGAGCUGGCUGCUUCUCAGCAGAGAUAUGAAGCUAAUCUUAAAAUGAUAAAAUAUGCGAGGUCUCACCUAGAACAGACCAAUCUUAGAGUACAGAUUUGGGGCAAAGCAGCAAUUGGUCUUUACCUUUGGCAACAUAUUUUUGGGGGGCACCUUGAGCCAGCUGAUGUGACUGCACAGUGGAGAGAAGGAAGCCAAAAAGCAGGAAAAACAUACUUCAGCUUCCUCACCGGCCCAUCUGUGGUUCCCGGCUACUUCUCGGUGGAAGCGGAGCAUGUGGUGCUGGUGCUGAACGGGAGGGAGCCGGCGAAGAUCGCCUACGCCACGCAGUGGCUGCACUAUGCACAGACCCUGAUGGAGACCCGCAAAAUCCAGCACGUGGCAGUGCUGCUUCUCGGGAGCGAGCAGUGCAACAACGCCUGGAUUCAGCCAUACCUGAAACGAAACGGGGGAUUUGUAAAUCUGCUCUUUGUUACAUAUGACUAUGCCUUCGUAAAUGAAGAAGAUAUUUUCCAGUGGCCUUUAGGAGUAGCUACCUACAGAAAUUUUCCGGUUGUGGAACCCAGCUGGUCAAUGCUACAUGAUCCAAGAUCAUAUCUAUGUAAUUUCUUAGGAACAGUUUAUAAGAAUUCUUCUAGAGAAACCCUAAUUGAAAUUCUGAAACAGGAUGGGCUUGACAAACUUUGCUGGAUUGCAGCCAGAGAACAGUGGCAGCCUCAAGAAACAAAUGAAAGUUUCAAAAACUAUCAAGAUGCCUUGCUGCAGAGUGAUUUGACAUUGUGCCCAGUGGGAAUAAAUACAGAAUGUUACAGAAUUUAUGAGGCUUGUUCAUAUGGAUCUCUGCCCGUUAUAGAAGAUGUAAUGACACCGGGUGAUUGCGGAAAUUCAUCAAUGUACCACAGUGCUCCACUGCAAUUAUUAAAAACCAUGGGGGCUCCAUUUAUCUUUAUUAGAGACUGGAAAGAGCUUCCUGUGAUUCUAGAGAAAGAAAAAAAACUGAGCUUACAAGAAAAGAUUCAAAGGAGAAAAAAGCUAUUAGAAUGGUAUCAAAACUUCAAAGCAUGGAUGAGACAAAAAUUCAUUAAUACUUUGGAAAAUUCAUUUUUGCCCAGUGAUAAAGGAUAAAUUGUCCCUUUUGAAAAUCUAUAAUAGAUGACAGCUUAAUUUCCAUUAACCUGAGGCAGCUUUUACUUAAAAGUAACCUCGCAGGACAGAUGCAUUCCUUUUAAAGUCAAUGGAAUUGCUCUAAGCUUGGCCAAGAGCUGCAUUUGGCCCUCCAUCCUUAAUGAUUUUCAGAGAGGUUGUUGACAUAAUAGGAUGGUACCAGGAUGACAACAAUUUUGUUACUAUUUUCAAAAUUUCUAUGUCGCUGUGCGACUUGAUCAAGUUUUUUAAGGAUAAUAUCUUUGAGCAUGUGAAUUUGGUAAAAUCCAACAUACGAACAUCACUUGUGUUUGAAGAAAAGAGAAUGGAGGGUGUAUUUUACAGGGUAAUUUAUUAGAGAGACUACAAAGUAAAAGCAUUAUGACAAAGUUGCCAGGUUUAUCAAAUUCUGGUAAGUGCUUGUUUUGAAAAUGUGAACUGUUUACUUGGUUGACAUUUCAUUUCCAGGAAAGUGACCAUAAUGCUAAAGAUUCUGGAAUAAAAAUGUGUAUUUCAAGGUAAAAAUAGAGAACUCUUUCUUGAAAAUACUUGAUAGCAAUAUAUUUCAUCUUGAUUUUCAGGUAAAAAAAUUACUUUCUUUAAUUUCUUUUUAGUCUUGGGCCAUACCUUUCUGCUUUUCUGGUCUUUUGUUAGCUGUAGUUACAGCUGCACAUUCAGAACACCGGGCCUUAGACAUGAACCUGCUUGUAGCUUAUCUGGUUGCUCAAAAUCUGCUGAAGCUCGUCAAUGCCAAAAAAUGGCAGAAGUGUAAUAAGGUAAGAAGUGUAAUGCAUGUUUAUGGUACUAUGUAUACCAUGAACAGUUUCAAUGCUUUUUUGUUAAACCUAGCCAAAGCGAUCUAUUCCUGUUCUUGAGUGUGAGCAGUUCCCUCCAGUGUGUUCUGCUGAGCAGUAGGACUGCACACACACCACUGCCAUACCAAAGGGGUGUGGUAGCCACUUCUGUCUGACCACAGCAUGACACAUGGGUUCAUUCUCCCACAGGCAUUAAAAGGCCAGUGCAACUGUACAGCUACGUAGAUAAGACAUUUGUGUACUGUCUAGUUCUGGAGUAUAUAUAUCACACAAGAACACUUCACUAGGUAAUCUAAAUUGUCUGUCUAACAUGAACUUCUGUAACUUACCACCCACACAUUUAUUCUGAAGUGUCCUGCAGUUGCAGUACAAUGCAAACAUACUCCAUUCAGCUGAGGUGAAGUACAACAGUGAGUUGAUGAGCACUGCUUGUAGGUGCACCUUGUUAGACCAAAUUCACAACAAAUGUCCGUACUUAGGAUCUGAAGCCCAUCAGUAGUACACAGCACCCAAGGAUUAGAGAAAGCUUGAGUAUCUACAGUAAUCAUGGAAUGCUUUGGGUUGGAAGGGAGCUUAAGGAUCAUGAACCUUCCCCUGCCAUGGGCACUGUCCCAGGUUGCUCAGAGCCCCAUCCAGCCUGGCCUUGGAAUGAAUCCAGCUUCGUGGAUGAGGCAUCCACAUCUUUUUGUGGACAACCUGUUCCCAUGUCUCACCACUGUGUGACAGUGCUGUAUUUUUCCUCUAGUAGAGUCUUUAUUUCUAAACAAGAUACGAAACUGCAGAACAAUUACUUAGAGCAGUGUUUCUCAACUUGUCAGCAGGAGAUCCCUUGGCACUCCUGCAAGAUUUCAAGAAACUGCAGAAAACAGCUCUGAAAAGUCUUUAUCAGUCAGCUGACUUUUGUUAUAAAAGAGGAUGGAGCUCCUAAAAAAAUCAUACUGUGCAGGUUGAAGUCUGAAAAGCAGUUGAGUGUUACUUGGGUCAUCAGCAAAAUAAAGAUGCUGCUACUGAUGUGGUCAUUUCUAAGUAAACGUUUUUUCAAACUCAUGGCAAUUGUGUGUUAAGGGAGGCUGAAAUGUACUGAAAUUUUAGUGGAAUUUCACUUUGCAGCUGCUUGCCUGCUUGGCGAGUUCAAAGGGAAUUAUUUUAUCUAUUGAACCAAUUCUUGACAGUUCAGAGUUUUCAGUCCAGCAGGAAUUGGCACCAAGAGUUUUUUCUUGUGUUCUAUUUCUAGUGCUAAUGGAGCAAAACAUCUUGAAGUCAAGGGAGGGAUUCCUAACACAUUAGGCAGGUGCUAGUGUUCUAAUUGCUUUCUCAUUCCACUGUCCAACUUGUGGAAGAAAUUGUCAACUCUGCUCUAUUUAGAUCCAGAGCUGAGCAAGACCACAAAAGGGACCUUGGUAAAGAAAGGAUGAGACUGAGGGAGGAAAGACAGUGAGGACUGCAAGAAAUCAGAGAGGGUGUCAUACAGUGGUAGAGGACACUGGUUAAAACAAGGGAAGUGGUUAAGCCACUGGCAAAAAAAGAUGGCAUGCCACAUCCACAUAGGAGUAGAUAGUAUCUAUUGUCAGUGAGAAGAUAAUGAAUCAAUUCAGGUGUUUAAUACUAAGAGGAGAAUGAUUUGAUUGCAUGCUCUGAUUUUGCGCUUAGCUGUCAGGUUCAAUACUGGGAUCAUGAAACAUCGCUUUCCCAGCACAGAACAAUGCCUCUUGUGACUGUGCCUGGUGUUUCUUGGAGACAUGCACAGUACUGAGCCUGUCUGGAGCUGGAAUGCCAACUGUAGCUCCAGAUGUUAGAUUGCUAAUUAUGUGAUGUUUUGCAUCACGCUUAGAUUAGUGUGUGGAGUACAUAACUCUACCAGCUUCAUUAUCAGAAGCAUUUCUUGUUGAUGAAGACAUUACAAAUUAGGCUGAAUUGCUUUGCUAUGUAAGAAGAAACAGAUUCAGCUUUUCCUACCCUUAGGGUAACUCCCCUACGUUAUUCUGAGCUCACUGAGUGGCUGUGAACAUAUGGCAUAAACAGUUUAAAAGAUCAGCUUCUAGAGAGCAAUAUGAUUGUAAAGAAACAUAACCAGUCUUCAUAACUGUUUGUAAUUCUGUAGAUAAGGAUGUGGUUUGAAAAGGACCUAUCUGCCAUUUACUUACUAUUCUUGGAUAUUUAAGUUGUAAUAGUGUAUUUCACAUGUUAGGUUUACCAUCUUUCCAGGGCUGAAACUUACACUAGGAGUGAUAAAACAGAGAGUUUUCUAGAAGCCUAUCUAACAGCAAUUACUAAGUUUGAAAUAGGAUCACUUUGUGCUGGAAGCACCAUUUUCUCUCUUGGCUUACUGCCCUCACCAAAACACUUGCAAAACCACAGAAAUAAAAUCCUGUUGCUUCUUGGCAAAUGCUGCAUGUUAGUAAUAGCCACUAAGAACUGGGUAAACUCAGGAGCAGCUUCCAUUCUACUGAGUCCUAAAUAGUUCCAAUAAUUCUUCCUACUGUGAUCGGAAAAAUGAAGGAUGAUUGAACAAGAUUAUGCUUAUUUUGGCUUGUACAUAAAGAUGUACUCUCCCCUGAUGUUGGGAGAGGCAAAGGUAUUUCAGAUGCAGUUCCAACUGUGCUGUAAGAAACUGCUGCUUCCAAGAAAACUGCUAGCAUAAGACAUGUUGGGACUGCCAUUUCCCAAUAGCUAAGGAUUUUGAUGUUUAUGUAGUGCUGUGACUCCUACACAGAGGGUUUGAUGAAUAAGAUGAGAAGAGCUGACCUGAUGAAAAUGUGCCUGAAAGGAUGAUGUGCAAUUUGUAUUAUAUCCCAGGACUCUGUGUUGGUUGGGAUUUUUUUUGCUCUCUGAGUUGAAGUUAAAUAGUUUGUAAAGUUAAAAAGUUAAGUUAAAUAGUUUUUAUUAUAAACCCUUCAGGGACCAUUCCAAAGUGAUGCUAUAAAAACCAUGCUCUACAGCAGAAGUGACAGUGGAUCUAAAAUCUCAUUUGAGCAGUUUGUGCCGUUUCAAAGAAAUAUAAGGAAUUCUUACUCCUCACCAGUCCAUGAAUUGUAACUUAUAAUCCUCUUGAUAAAAAAACAACUGGAAAAGGUCAUGAGAGCAGUGAAUAUUUAAACUAUUUGGGUGGGUCAAAUUUCAGGAUUUCUUCAGUGUCUCCUGAACAAUAAAAACAAGUAAAUGGUUUUCAAUAUAUCUUACCCAUGUAAAUUCCUUUUACUGCUAAUCUGAGCAUGGAGAACUGCUUUGAAUGUUAAAAUUUCUCCAGUUUUGAAGGAUGUAAAAGCUGAAAAGGUACUAGAGGUAAAAUCUGAGGACCAAGAGGAAUGCUAAAGAGAAAAAGGUUCAUUUAGAUUUUGGAUUUAUUUAAUUCAAGGGUUUAAAUAUCCAUCUUAGAUUGGAACUACAUGUCAGUAAAAUGGUGAAGCAAACAUUUUCUGUGGCUAUGUACCAUUAUCCCCCUAGGGUCUGGUCAUUCAAUUUUGCUACUGUUUGAAGUGUCUCGAUUCAAGGUCCCAUUAGGAGCCCUCAGUCUUCAGAGGAAAUGCUACAUGUGUUGAGCCAAGAACCUGUUCAAAUAGCUGUAGUUCAGUGCCCAAAAGCCAGUGCCUGGUGUUGAGAAGCUGGCCACCCAGCCAGGGGGUGGUACAGUACCAUCUCUUACCUCCUAAUUGUGCUGAUGCCCUGGCAGCACAGGCGCUGUAAUCACAUUUUCUUCCCUGAACGCUCUUGGAUCCUGACUGCAACUCCAUGAAUGCUGCUAUAGUAAAAUGCAGGUUAUUUCUGAUCCACAGUCACACAACACAGAUGUGUUUUGUGAAGCAUGCCAUGAAAUAACAUGACUCAUUCUCUUAGCCACUCUUACACCAGCUUAAUCACACAGGAAUAGCUUGUGGUAAGAAUCAUCAAAUUGCUUCCUAUGUUCAGCAGUCCCGUUUGACAGUGCAAAAUUUCUGGAUUUCACAUGACAGCAUUCACCAUUCCUAUAGUCCAAAUUUUUUUCAUCUUCAGGAAUAUAUCAUUUGUAGGUUGGGCUGCAUUUUAAAAUAAACAGAUCUGAAGUAUUACAAACAGCUUCAUUAAAUACAUGCUUUCAGAAGUUAUGAGAUGCAAAGCGAAUGCAUCAAACAGAAGUGAGUCAUUCACUAAGAUCCAGAUGAAGAUGCAACCCAUUGAAAGACAGCAAGUUGUGCAGGUGGCCACAAAUGAAGAAAAAUAGAUCUCUGAAUGACUGAAAUUUGCCUGAUUCUUUCAGAUUAAGUUAUUCAAACAGCACCAAACUGUUAAAUAUUGUAUUUUGAGUUUGCUCUAUCAAAGGGGUUUUGUUCGAGGCCCAAAGUAAGUGAUUAUCUUCAUGUUUUUUCCUCUGCAAUUGAAUUCUUUUCUGAAGAAUAAAGGUAGUUUGUGGAUGAGUGGAGAUCCACUUUCAUAUUUUCAUAGCAGAUGCUGAAACAUCUUCCUCUGUGGCUGCUUAUUUAAUACAUUUUCAUAUUUGUGACACCCCUUGUCAGCAAUGUGGCUACCACUGUGCUAUAUCUAUCUUAUUGCAGACUUCUCUGGGAUGUGAAAUACCCUUGGUUCAGACUUUCCAUCCAGCCUGGACACUGCCACUACCCAGCUGCCAUUUCAGAAACCCAACCACAGAGAACUUCUGUGUUGAAUCUCAUUGCUCUUACUUUUGACAGAGGGCUGGGGAAGGAUGGGAUAGGAUAGUAAUAAGCUCCUGGGGUAUUUACCCUCAUUCUUACUGAAUAUGGAAAUGGAGAAUUAAGGGCAGCUCUGUUUCCCCGAGGGAAAAUGGAGUGUAUUGAUUAAUUGCUGUAGGAAUAUAAUGGUAUAUAAGGAAUAAUAUAAUCACACUUCCUUCAAAUGCUAGCAUAGCUUGAAGACAGCCCAUGAGUUUUCUGGUAUGCAGUCUUUAAUUGCAUAUCCCUUUUUGCUGGAGGGUUCAAUUUAUUAAUUUAAUAGUGUUUUAUCAACCUCUGUCAAUGCAACCCCUUGCUGGUGGUUGUGGAGUAUCAUGACUCUUUUACAGUGAAAACUAAAUAGUCUUACUAAUGCUAAAGUUGAAGACAAUUUUCCAUCUGAUGAGCACACAAGCAGGGAUCUGUACUUUAUGCCAUGUUGUACCAAUUUUGCUUCCUUCCCCUCUCUAAUCAGACUCUGACUGUUUGUUCUUUUGUGUCUCUUUUCUUUGCUGACCCUCUUUUCACAUUGUUAUUUUCAGAUUAGAGAAAAUUGCUUUCUGUCUGGUAGGGAUAUAAUUUCCUUGUACCCACAGAGAAUUUCACUGGGUACCCAGUCUUGGAGUAGAUGUAAUUAGGCUUUUGCUAAAUUCCUAUUGUAGCAAAACUCGUGCUAUGUCACAGCAUGCUGCCAAAAUAUCUCUCCAUAGGAUAUUAUGUCUUCUGAGUGCUUGUUUCUUAAACAUUUACUCUGCUGUUUAAAAUUUUUGACUGUCUGUAUUAAGAGUUCAGUAAAAAGGAUUAGCUUUGUAGGAGAAAAAAAGAGGGCUAGCUUCAAACAUCUCUUUGUUUUCUAUCUUACAGCAAGGAAUGCUCCUCGUUCCCUGAAUGAAACUUCAUAUGAAACUAUAGAUACCUGAACACAGCCUAUGGUGUUUAACACCAAAGUCUGAGACAUUGGCUCGUGACUUCUGGAAUCUGACCGUUCCCCGCAACAUAAAUUACCAGGGCCAAAUCCACCUGAGGAUAUUCUUAUCCAGGGUAAAGUCUAGGGCGGGGAAGUUUUGCCUAGAUUGGCUGUCCAAAGGACCCGUGCUUUCAACUACUGCCAGGCAGCCUGUGGUGCUUGGCCUCCUGGUGAGCUGUGAAACACCACAAAGUGGUCCUUAAAACUGUUGCUUUUUUUGUUUCUCAAUUGCAAAUGCAUAUUUCUCACAUGUAGGUAAACAAGAAGUUUCCCAAUCCUUGUGUUGGACAACUAUACACUUUGAAACUUGGGGAGUUUGAAUGUGCUUUGCUCUCACUAUCCCAGCAAUUUCUACUCUUGGUUAGUAUUUUUUGAUUGUGAGUUUAUAUAUUGUUUACAAAAGCCUUUAAAAUAUUUUUUCUUAAACAGCUGACAGCUGGAUACAAUACUUUUCUGUUUAAUACUUAAAUCAAGCACUUAACCUGCUUCUGGGUCUGUAAUCAACAAGACAAUCUCCCCCUAUUUUCCUGUUGACUUAAAUGGGAGUAUUUCAGUUAUUAACUGAACCUCCUUUGAACAUUAAAUUGUUUUAUCAAAGAAGCAUAGCUUCUCUCUGUUGAAUUCACAGCUACCAGUAACACCACCUCCCUCUAUCGUCUUGAUUGCUCUGAUAUUUUGUUAGAGGCAGCUCUUCUCCUUCGGGGUUUUGACUAACUUUGUUUCCUCAGACUGUAAGACUACUCAUUAUCACGGUUAUCCUUCUGCUGCUUUCUGCUACAAAUAGGCAUUAUAGAUGAUCCUGAAGAAGAGAUGGUUUUGUUGUGAUCUGACAUCUUGGAAUGACCACACAUCACUGUAAAUACCUAGUCUCAAUAUGAGAAGUAUAAAUAUUUCAAAAACUUUGUAACAAUUUGUCAGCUGUUUAAUGUAGCAAGAGUAACAUGACAUUCAUGUGAAGGGUGUGCUAAAUGGCUGACCUAAAACAGUUCAGGAGGCAGACAAGCACUCACUGAAUAUUAUAUGAACUUGCAACUACGGUUGACAAAGCAACAUAUAAGUUGUUAAGAAAUAAAUACUACUUGUUGUAGUUGAA